UAGAAUUAUUAGGAAGAAAAAGAUGACGGCCUGCCGUGAACGUGGAGGCGACUCUAAAAUAAGCUCCAGAGGUCCUUGAGUAACCAUUUCUUGUGCGAUGAGCCGAUGAACCGGAGCGAGCGAACGCUAAAGCCGCAUUUGGAGUCCCUGACCUCGCGUCAGAUCUGCAUAUGCAGGUCACAACGCAGUUGUAGUUGCCAGUGGCAGCUGUGUUAGCAAGCAAGAAGGCUAGCUAGCUAGCUAGGUACAAGCACGGCGCCGGCGGAGAGGGAGAUCAUGGAGUCGGUGAAGAUGAGGGCGGCAAUGGCGACGAAGCGGGAGUACAGGAGGAUGGAGGUGGGCGAGGAGGGGGAGGAGCUGGACGAGGCGGAGUGGGCGCACCGUGCCGAGGCGCAGAUGCAGCGGCGCAGGCGGGGCCAGCGCUACGCCUUCAGCUGCGCGCUCUUCGCGUCCCUCAACGCCAUCCUCCUCGGCUACGAUGUUGGCGUAAUGAGUGGCGCGAUCAUCUACAUGCAGAAAGAUCUCCACAUAACCGAGUUUCAGCAAGAAAUUCUAGUAGGCUGUCUGAGCGUGGUCUCACUCUUGGGAAGCCUAUCAGGGGGACGAACAUCUGAUGCAAUUGGCAGAAAAUGGACAAUGGGCCUCGGUGCAAUUGUGUUCCAGAUAGGCGCAGCCAUCAUGACGUUUGCUCCAUCAUUCACUGUGCUUAUGAUCGGGAGGCUCCUUGCUGGAGUUGGCAUUGGCUUUGGUGCCAUGGUAUCUGGAGUGUACAUUGCUGAGAUCUCCCCUGCAGGUGCCCGUGGGACUCUCACAUCACUUCCUGAGAUUUGCAUCAAUUUUGGGAUCCUCCUUGGCUAUGUAUCCAAUUAUGCCUUCUCAGGCCUUUCUGAGCACAUCAAUUGGAGGAUUAUGCUUGGUGUUGGCAUCCUCCCGUCAGUCUUCAUUGGCUUUGCGCUUUUCGUGAUCCCAGAGUCCCCUAGGUGGUUGAUGAUGGAGAAGAGAGUUUCAGAAGCAAGGGCAGUGCUGCUGCAGAUUAGCGAGUCUGAAGCUGAAGCUGAAGAACGGCUGGCUGAGAUCGAGGAAGCCGCAGGUCUUAUGAAAUCAAUGAAAUCUGAGGACAAAGAAGUGUGGAGAGAACUUUUGAACCCUUCUCCCGCUGUUCGUAGGAUGCUGUAUGCUGGCUGCGGUAUUCAGUUGUUCCAACAGAUCACAGGAAUUGACGCUACUGUCUAUUACAGCCCAACAAUUUUCAAAGAUGCUGGGAUCAAGUCUGAUCAGGAGCUUCUUGCUGCAACUGUUGCGGUGGGUUUCACUAAGACAGUGUUUAUCUUGGUUGCAAUUUUCCUAAUUGAUAGAGUUGGACGGAAGCCACUUCUUUAUGUGAGCACCAUCGGCAUGACUAUCUGCUUAUUUCUCUUGGGGGUUGCACUUACACUUCAAAAGCAUGCUGUGGGGCUUAUGUCUCCACGUAUCGGUAUCGACCUAGCAAUUUUUGCAGUUUGUGGCAAUGUGGCAUUCUUUUCAAUUGGCAUGGGACCAAUAUGUUGGGUCUUGUCUUCAGAGGUAUUUCCUUUAAGAUUACGAGCUCAAGGGUCAGCACUUGGUCAAGUAGGUGGUAGAGUGAGCAGUGGUUUGGUUUCCAUGUCAUUCCUUUCUAUGGCCCGUGCUAUAUCAGUGGCAGGAAUGUUCUUUGUCUUUGCUGCAAUAUCCACUAUCUCUGUGCUGUUUGUGUACUUUUGUGUGCCAGAAACAAAAGGGAAAACACUGGAGCAGAUCGAAAUGAUGUUUGAAAGUGGGGACGAAUGGGGAGGAGGUGAAAUUGAGCUUGAGGAUACACAGCAUUUAAUACCGAGUAACAAGAAGUCUGUGCCUCUUGGUUGAUAUUUGUAGUAACCAUAAACUUCUUAUUAGCUCCAUGUUUCAAUGACGAGCCAACCUGACCAGCUGAAUUCUGAACUUUGAUUUAAAAAAUGAUCUGGUCACACCGAGCCACGACCGAAAUGAAAACAGAGAAGCUUGAUAGGCAUAAGUGCAACAUAGAAGAUUAAUUGUGAUGUUAGUCUAAAAUGUCAAUGAUUUUUCUGGGAGGCGGUCAGUCAUGUAUGAUCUUACAUCUGUUGUAUCUCCCACGGAAAGAAUGUACUCGCAAAAAAAGUUCUUCUACAAAGUACAUUUUUAUAACACAAAAAUGAGUGUUAGUUGUUAUUUGCAGAA